UCUCAACUUUCAUCCAUCUCUCGAACCCCUUUUUCCUGCGUCCACACUGUCUCUCUUGGAUUCUAGAAGGACACCCAAGAGAGAGUUUUUCUUCUCCCAAUUUUUCGCCACUUCGAAUCAUCAUGCAAUCUCCCUUGAAGGGCACCGGCAGGCCCGGUAUCAUCACCAGCUUCGACGAGACCAGGGCCAUUAAGAGAAGGCGAGGAAGGAAUGUAGAUGUUAUUGGGACCAUGCCAACACCGCGCUCUCAUCAACUUCCUACUCCCGAGACUGUGCGCCGGCCGUCAAAGUCAGAAGUUUCUCAAGAUGAGCCAACCCUGUCGUCUCAACUACCCACGCCCCAGACUCAGCGUCACCGCCGACAUGCGUCACCAAAAAGCGGUGAUGCAUUUCCCGCUUCACCAUCGGGUCAAACAACAUUUUACCUCGCCGCCAAUCACCCAACAUCUCGCGCGGAAAUCUCACGUCGUCGGCCAGGGUUGAUGUUCGCUCAACAAAUGGGCCUGAUUUCAUCAAGCAUCUCGAGAGGUGUAGGUGUAGGUAUGGGCGGACAUACGAUAGGGCAACAAAAGGUGGACUUGGUCCAGGCGACCAGCCAUGAGGACAACCCGUUUCUCGUGUCAAAGGCGGAUGAACAAACAAUGGAUGUACCAGUUGGAUUGGCUUCUCCCGGUGCCAUAACGACCCAUCGACCAGGAGACCUGAGUUCGGAUACCGAAGAUGAUGCCGAACCCCUUUGCUCCUUUACCCUCUUAAAACAAUCUCCCGCUCGCACCCAACCUUCAUCAUCUAUCCAACCCUCUCCUGUUUAUCCUGCCAGCGGUCUCCUUUCUCCACCACCUACCAAACCCGCACCUCGUAUAGCAGAUCCCAACUCUAAAACUGUUCUCACCCGUGCAGAGCAUGCCGCCAAAAUAGCCUCCCGUCGCAAAGCGGAAGAACGUCGCCAAAUGCUUGAUGUCGAGCACAACCCCUUCCUCAUUAAACCAGGUGAACCGUCAACCCGUCGUGCGGGACCUAUCGUCGAUGAAGACCAGCCCACCGUGACGUACCUCUUCAGAGGUGCUAAACGCGUGUUUGCCAACCCACUCUGGAAUUCAAAGAUGCCUUUCCCAAGAGCGGAGUUACCUCCUGAGGACGAUGAUUUCGAGCCUCAUCCUCUGCCCAAACCAAAGCUCCUCUGGCCAGAAGGUCCAUCUCCCUCCAAAAGAAUUAAUCUCGAAAAGGUGACCCGAUCCAGCACUCCCUCGCCCUCUCGCAUUGCUGGUCUUUCGCCGGAGUCAUCACCCGUCGCAACACCUACCAUUCUUCGUCGCUUUGGUGGUACUUCUCUUUCAACAGAUAGCCCCAAUCCUCUAGGUGUAGGGCAGGGCGCAUUUACGGACGAUGAGAAUGACUUGAAUCAUCAGGAUGCGGAGGGAGAGUCUGAUUUUGAGCCUGAAGAGGAGCAGGAAGAAUUGCCUGUGCGGAGAGGAUUAUUGUUUGGAGGUACAGGGAUGAAGCGGGAUAGACCAUCGUCCCCGGGAGGAACUAGGACGGUGAAAAAGCUGAAGGGGGCUGAGAGACUGUGAUUUCGUCAUAGCAAGUUUUCGUGGGAAGAGCUGGGGGAACUAUGAAGGAACAGUGUUUUGUUCAUUACAAGCGUAUUCAUAUUUAUUGCUAUAUUUUAGCUGUACAUAGGCAUUUAAUCAUAGCUUGCAGUGAUCUUGAUGAAUGCGAGUUCGUGCACUUU